GCCGUGCUCCAAUACGUCAGUCAGUGUUUGCUCGGCCGUCAGCGAAGACGACGAGCGACGCAACGCGAACGGCGAAAACACGUUUUGCAAGCGCCGCGGUAGAACAAGAUCAUCGCCGAGGAUCGCGCGGAAACUCACGCGGAUUUUAACUACGGCGCGGUGACGCUGCAAGAAUAUAACAGUGAUGUAGUUCAGGCCUUAUCGCGAUUGACACCGCGAAGGAAAAUUCUCGACGGAAAGAUUCAGCGCGACCGCAAUCGUACUCGGCAGCCAUCAAUGGCAUAAAAUUGUUCGGUGGAAAAAAAACAACAGCGAAACCAUUUGUUUCCGAUCUCGGUCAAUGACGUUUCGCCGACCAGCUGAGGAGCGUGUUGUUUUACUUGUUGUACAAACAGGUACGGGGAUAACCGAGUGUAAUAAGGUGUGCAAAUUUAUUCCGCAUGGGACACCGGUAGAAUAACGCUAGAAGUUUGUUGCGCGAAGGAUCAGAAAGUCAAGAUGAUAACGGUACCGAUAGCAGCCGCCAGUCCCUACAGGUCUUACAGCGACGGCAGUAAAGUCGCUAAAGUGCCCUUGGCGAGGGCACCGGAAGCUCAUCCUCCGCCGAAUGCGCAAAUUUGUAAAGACAUGAAGGAACAUUCGGCAGCCCAACGAAUGGAGAGAGAUAAGGACUUGCCACAGCGGUCGCAGAGCAGCGCGGCUAGCUUGACGUCUAUAGGUGCCGAUAUAUCUCCGAGUUCUUCCCAAUUCUUCGAAGUGUUCUACAUCGGCAAAAUCAAAGUAUCACACCCGAAAGUACCGGAGUCGUUCAUCGACGACGCCCUGAUAAAGUUUCGCGUUCAUGGACUCGAAAAAUCGAGAUCGUCAACGAGCAAUCUUCUAUCGGAUUGCCAACGGCUGAAACGUCAAGCUUUGAUGUCUUCCAUUAAUAGUAGGAGAAACAGUACGGAAUCUACCGCCAGUGAAUCCGGCAGUAUCGAGAACGUGUCGGGAAACGGUAUAAUUCCAAGCGUGAAUCCGCUUGGAAUACCGCCAGUUUUGAGCGGGUCCGUGGAGACUUUUCCAAGAGCGACCGCCAACCCCGCAGAAAACGAUAAUCAUGAUGAGAAUCGGACGUCCGAAUCUUCCGCUAAUUCUAAUAUCACUGUACCUGAAAUUAUGCGAAACCGUGCAGCAUCUACCGGCAGUGUUUUAAGUGGCAGAAGAGAUUCUACCAUUAAAGGAAACGAUGACCACAAUCGCACUAUGGUUUUUCAGGUAGGGCGAUUCGAUCUGAGAUUGAUUAGUCCUGACAGAAAGCAGAUUCUUUUGCACAAACAAUUAAAAGAUGUAGCCAGUUGCGCACAAGGCGUGAGAAACCCCGAGCACUUUGGAUUUAUUUGCAAAGAAUCAGAUUACUUCAUCGGAUAUGUCUUCAAAUGCCAAUCCGGAUCAGUCGCGGAUGACCUUGUUGCAGCGAUUAGUCAAGCUUUUCUUACGACUUGCGACGUUGUAAGGAAGGAGAGAUAUCCUGUAUUUUCUUGCGAUCACUGUCCUAUGUACUGGUAUAAUAAAUUAUGCCAAGAAAUUGAAGGACAAAAUGAUAGAAGAGUGCAGAGUAUUAUCUUUUCCCGCAUGGAACUAUUGCCGGAGGACGAGCAGGAGAUUGUUGUGAGCCAGUAUAAAGGCGCCGAGGCUGCGGGCAACAUUGGUGCAAGCUCCUCGAGUUUACGAGAGCAAAAUCAAUUCUUAAUGCGACUAUUGCGUGCUCAUUGCGAGUCAAAGCAAGCUAGACAUGUACAUGAUACGGCUGAGAAUAGGAGUGAAUUUCUCAAUCAAUAUCUAAGCGUAGGCGUUGGUAGCACGAUAUUUAUGAAAGCAAAACGCUCUCUUACAAAUAGCUUCGACAAUCUUAUGAAGAGAAAAGGUUCGCGUGACGAAUUUGGCCUUGGUCCGCAAUUGAGGGAUACGAAUCACUUAAAUACGGGAAUACUUAAGAAUGACGGUCAUAGUCCAGAUAAUUCGCGACAACCGUCUAUAUUGGACAUUUCGCCGGAAUCCAGUAGACCGAGAUCGUUGCGUGUUUCGCCCGAACAGCAAAUAGUUGUAAAUAACGGGCCAAAGAGUUCCAUGAUGGACAUCUUUUUAAAAGUUGGCAAUUCACCGAAAACGUCCCCUACGGAGAUUGAUGGGAAUAACACGAUACAAGCCAAUAGUUCGUGGCGGCAAACGAUAUUAAACAGAGUUGUGACGCCGAAUAAAGAUCAUAACGCUACAGAAAUUGAAAAGAUCAAUAUUCUCAAGAAUUCGGCAACGCCUGUUAAACGGAGAUCAAAACAAGAAUUACGAGAUUUGUGGAAGAAAGCGAUCAAUCAACAGCUGAUACUUAUAAGAAUGGAAAAGGAGAACGCGAAGCUUAGAGAACGUCAAGAGGAGGCAACGGUAAAGAGGAUCAAACUCGAAUACGACGAGCUUAGUAGCUGUGCGCGUGAAGUGAUAGAAGUUUGGGAUCUUCUUGUUAGCAAGGAAUCGCGAGUCUCUACGAAAUGUGAUAAUCAAAUGCUUUUACAUGCUAUUAAGCAAGGCGUACCGAAAGGAAAAAGAGGUGAGGUUUGGCAGUUUCUAGCCGAGCAAUUCUGCUUGAAGCAACCGCCUAUAGACACUCAAGAAUUUCCAAAUUAUAAUACACCCUAUGAACUUCUCCUGAAGCAACUCACGUCUCAACAGCAUGCUAUCCUUAUUGAUUUGGGAAGAACUUUUCCAAGCCAUCCGUAUUUUAGUUCCCCCUUGGGACCUGGUCAAUUAGCACUCUUCAAUUUAUUAAAGGCCUACUCCUUGCUAGAUCACGAAGUCGGUUAUUGUCAGGGCCUCAGUUUUGUCGCCGGAGUGCUUCUAUUGCAUAUGGCGGAGGAUCAAGCCUUUUUCUUAUUGCGGCAUCUAAUGUUUCGCCGAGGACUCAGAAAAUUGUACUUACCAGAUAUGGCGGCAUUGCAAUUACACUUGUAUCAACUCUCUAGGCUGUUACACGAUCGCUUGCCAGCUAUUUACAAUCAUUUCGACAAACAUGAAGUUUCACCUACUUUAUAUGCUGCUCCGUGGUUACUGACGCUGUUUUCCAGUCAAUUUCCUUUAGGUUUUGUAACCAGAGUUUUUGAUUUGCUUUUUCUGGAAAGCUCCGAAGUCCUUUUUCGUGUGUCAGUCGCAUUACUAGAAGAACAUCAAGAUCAAUUGUUAUGUUGCGACAGCUUUGAAGAAAUUAUGGAGUACCUCAAGAUACGUGUGCCAGCGAUAGACAAACAAAGCUUAGAUCGCAUAAUGAAACGCGUAUUUUAUCCCGACUUGGAGAUUACAAAACAAUUGAACGAGUACAGAGUAGAAUACCAAGUGCUCCAAGAGGAAAUGUUAUCGGUGAAGCCACAAAUGGAGAAUUUGGAAAAGUUUAAAUUAAGAAAUAAGCAACUUACGCAAGAAGUUGCACAGCUUGGCGAACAACUUGAGAUUACUAUGAGCAACUUGCACAGGCUCGAAACAGCGCGUUCAAUGCAACAAGCGACUGUCUACAAACUUGAGUCUCAGAAUCGCAGUCUUGAGGUAACGGUAGCAACAUUAGGCGCGUUCAUUCAGCAAUUAGCGGAUACACGUGCCGAUAUCGAAGUCCCGGGUGAAGUUCGCAGAAUAAUCGCACAACUGAGUAUGGUCGAAAAACGACGUAAUGCUGGUACCAAAUCAUACCCUUUAAAAAUCAUCGAGGACAACAAACACGGAAUGAUAAAAAGUAAUUCGACUGGAAGAGAAUCUCAAAAUCUUUUACGAAAUAAUAGCAUGGACACACCGUUUCCUCUGAAGCCGACUUUGAGCCAACCCAAUUUAGCAACGAAAUUAGAGAAAGUCUCGUCGUUCUUUUCGAACUCGCACAAUCACAUACAGAGGCAACGCGCGCAAUUAGCGGCUCUUAGAGACGAGUAUUCGGAGCAAGCGGUAAGACGUAACAACGACGAGAAUGAUCCUAAAACAGUCAACAUCGACAUUCAAAUUACGGAUACUAUGAAUCUGGCAAACAAUCCGGCCCCACAGGAGGAAAAGAAUUUAAAAGUUCCAGCUACCAACUUGGAGAAAUCAAUAUCGUUACCAUUGAAACUCAAAUUAAAAUCGUCCAAGUCAGCAUAUGAAUUAGGCUCUGUAAAAAAGGUUCCCACUAGCAAACUCGAAGUUACAAACAACGAUUCAUUAACAAAUUUGACAGGAACCAUACAUCCACUUGAUACUUGUAGCGAUGUAAAUUUCCGAUUCAGCGGAACCACGAAACUGAAAUCUAUCAAACCUGUGAAAUCUAGUCAGAGUUGCCAGGAAGAUGGUAGUAACAAACAGAAGUCCGAACAGAACGCCGAUCCUUUAAACAGAUAACAAUUACUUUCAAAUACGUCUUCAAAGAGCAUCUUAUCGAAAAGAAUUUUCAUAAAAAAUAUAUACUUGAAACGAUACUGGUAAUGAAUAGCUUAAAGAUUGCACUCUUUAUACUUGACUAUUUAUUACCCUGUUUUUGAACAGGCAAGUUUUUAAAUUGGCUAAUUUAUGUACGAGAGAGAAAUUGAGAGAAAAAUUCUUCUUGAUUCUCGUUCAGAUCUGACAUUUGGCAAUACAUUACAAAUUAUGAGAGCAAAAUAGUCUACUGAAACAAUGUUGAACGUUAUAUUUGGAAAUCUCGCACAUGAAGGUAUAUAAUUGAUUAAAAAUGUUAUUUUCAAAUAUUUAAAACCAUACGUAGAGAUGCGCCAAAUAUUCAGACAGAUAUCAAAAUAAGGUAUUAAAAAGACACCGGUGACUAUCAUAUUUCAGAUUGCCAAAGGAAGUGCCAAACUUUCUCUGUGUUAGAAUAUAUUUUGUAGUAAGAUAAAAAUGAUUUUAAUUACUUAGAAAGAUGAGUACGUAUGUACAUAGACAGAUACAUAUAUUGCAUAUAUGUAUAUUUAUGCGUAGAUGUCCGGUUGCAUCAUUGAAAAAAAAUAUAUUGACAAAAACCAUUAAUAUAUAGGCUGCUAUGCACUGUAAGAUUCAAAGAACUAAGUAUUACUAUUUUUGCACAAAACGAGCCUUGUGAUAUCAGGGAUAGUUAACAUACAUACAUACAUACAUAUAUAUAUAUAUACAUAUACUCUUUGUUCUUUAUAGUAAAGUUUUACCAUCGUUGAUACAUGUGACAGUAGCGAUAUUUAACAUCCAUAUCAAACGUGUUAUAAAUUAGAGAAUAGAUAACUCAAUCUCUAAAGAGAUAUCCAAUAUUGACAUUUUAACGGAUAUUAAUGUGUAAUAGAGGUAUACGUAAAGAUGACAAAAUUAUAUUUUGUAGUAUUCGGGUCUCUGUAAUAUUUUAUCAGGUAGUUAUUAUAUAUACAUAAUUGUAGUGACAUAUUAUUUGUAAUGAGAUAAUGCAAGUAUAUAAUCAUAUAACAGAAAUAAAGAUAUUCUGUAUGUAA